AUGUCUGCCCUCUCAACCAUCCACUCUCAGGCACCAGCCACUUUCCACUGGCUUGAUGCUAUGUCUACGGACAAAACCUUCUUUGAUCCAAGAACCAGUGACCUUCACCGGUUCCCUAUUCCCUCCCGAGGUCCAUCCUAUCCUAUGGACGACCUCGACGUCACCGGCCCAGCUCUUGUCGCUCCAAAGCCUAUCAAGGCAUCAGUGACUACCUGGGUUCAAAAGAGCAUGAACACCUGGGAGACAGAAGGCUUCGAGCCUAUCUCCGACGACAUCGAUGCCGACAUCGAUGUCAAUGACGACAACGAAAGCCUUGCCGGUAUAGAACUGGAGCAACUUCAGCUGGAGGCAGUACCUCCAUACCCAAAACAAUUUGCAGGCAGCUCACUGCUCAGCCUGCACGACCAGAUCCAGUCGCCUCGGAAGCAACAUCAGUCUUCCUCGCAACAUCCAGUUCAGCAAACCCGCCCGGUGCAACACUCCGAGAUGCACCAAUCCCCACGGCCCGAGGAGGAGGAGCCCAUGCUCUUCCACCCCAUCCUCAUCGACCCCGUCCUCGAGCCAUAUGCUUACGCCUUCUCGGACUCCACGUCGUCCAUGUCCAGCUCUGUGGAGGGAACACAGAAUGUUGGAAAAUUGAUAGCCAACAAGGUCCGUAAAGUGGCCGCCCACGGUGUCGCAACGUGUCAAGCGUUGCGAAACAAAUUGAAUUUGUGA